AGAAUGAAAGUUAUUAUUAUUUGAGACCUAUUUCUCGUGAAGCGGAAAAAUAUAUCCUUUUGUGAGAGAAUAGUCAUACUCUGUAUUUUAAGUUGAAAUAUAUUAGUAAAAAAUUAGAACUAAUAUACGUAUACAUAUUAAAUAUGCAUAUUAUAAUGAGAUCAUUAUACAUAUGUAUGAAAUUUUUAAUUGACAUAGUUGGAGAAGCGUAUUAUAAAAUAUUUGGCUGUCAUCUAUUUGUUGGUUCACUCGCUAGACUGUAUGAUAAUCUUGAUGAAAAUGAGAAAAAAAUAUUGCAAGAAGAUAAAUUUCUUAUGGAAAAUACAUCUUUGAUUUUUAAAGAAUUAUCAAAAACUAAAAUGUCUUUAUUUGGUCAUAUAGUAACUUUUCAAUAUUUGAUUAGAUGUAUAAAGAAUCGGGCGAAAUUCGAAGAUUAUUAUAAGAAUAAUCGUCAUUUAAUAGAUAAAGUAGAAUUAGUGAAACCUGUCUUUAUUUUUACCCAACCGAGAACUGGAAGCAGUUUCCUGCAUUGUCUAUUGGCUAAUGAUAAAUCGUGGUUUGCCCCGCAAACUUGGAUGCAAAUGACGCUUUCUAUUUCACCUUCAAAUCCAUUUUCUAAAUUUGACUUAAAUGAAUUAAAGAAAUGCGAAAAAGAGCAUCAUACGUUUCGUUCAUUAAAUUUUUGGAACGAUAUUAAAAUGACUCACGAUUUGGACGUAACAGAUCCCGAAGAUAUUUACUUUGAAUUAUCUUGUUAUGGCUUUUUUAUUCAAUUCUACUCUAUGGAAGGCAUGGAAGAAUUUAGACAUGCCAUGGAUUCAAUUACAACAAAACAAUGGAUCGAUAUUUACAAGAAGAUGAAAAGAAACUUUAAAUGUUAUAUGUUGAAUUAUAAAGAGAGGAGAUUGCUUGCAAUGAAUCACAUGUGCUUGGGCAAUCUAGAUGCUAUUUGUCAAGUGUUCCCAGACUCGAAAAUUAUUACAUUGUAUAGAGAUCCAAUUAUGGCAAUUAAUUCAUUAUUAUCUUUGGUUUCAAUAAUGUCGAGAAUCUAUUUUCCGUAUUGGAGAUGUGAAUUCAGUGCAAUGAAACAACCAGUUGUUGAUUUAAAUGUUAAUGCCAUCGUUAAUUACUUUGAAAUCAGAUGCAGAAUUGAAGAAAGCGAAAAGAAAACAUUAGAAUCAUCUUCAAGAUUUAUAGAUAUUUGUUUUAAUGAUUUUGUAAGAAAUCCAUUAGAACAAGUUAAAAAAAUGUACAGUUUAUUGGAAAUGGAAUUGAAUGAUGAUACGGAAUCCAUAUUAUCUGAAUAUAUUCACCAGCAAGUUAGCCAUGGAAAAUUAGAUCAUAAGUAUAAAAUUAGUCCAAUCGAUAAGGACUACUAUUAUACGAUAUUACAAGAGUAUAUCCAUAACUUUAAUAUCGAAAUGGAAAAGGAGUAG